AUGUGUGAGACUGUAGCAGAUUUUGCUUUGGUUCAAUGUUGUCAUUCGUGUAACACUGAUGUACCAAGUUUCGGACGAAAAGUAUUUGCCAGAGGAGAGCAGAGCUCUGAAUGCUAUGAUCGACAUAAUCCUGGUUUCUGUCGGAAUUUUGUUGAAAAAAGAAACAUGUGGACGAAAGAAGGACAAAUGGGUUGCUCAGGUGAUGGAGCGUCAUUGGCGUUCCGAAUUUGUCGCAAAACAUGUGGUUACUGUAAUGAAACAUUAUAUCGAAUGAACCUCUUUGAUCCCAUGUGUCCUGUCAUAGGAUAA